GCUCUUUCUCUUCAAUACCCGGCACCCAUUGGAAAUGAAGAAGGAAAACUUCAAGUGCCCAAUUCUCUCCCCGUGUCUCUCCCUCAGGAAACGAUGAAGUGUUCUUAAACAGGGUGUACAGGAGGUGGAUGUGUCACUGCACCUCCCCAACAAGGAGUGUAUGCACGCGGUCAGAUAAAAAUGAACACACUCCCGCCUUCGAGUAUGUCUUCCCGGUCUCAAGCGGCGUCUGUCUGUCUUGUCCUCUGCCGUUGCCUUUUUACGUGUCUUGGCAACAAGCUAGGUUGUUUAGGGGGCUUGGCAUGCUCGCAGCGCUUUCAGUCAAUUCUUCAACACGAGGAAAGCCAAGCAAAUGCCAAGACUUCAAGUUACCUCGUUCAAAAUGCACCCGCGCCGCCGGCAGACGGGAAAUGGAGGGAGAGGGAGGGGGCAAGCAAACCCUUUCGAAAAUCCAAGAAGCUCAAAACAAUGGCAGAUCUCUCCUCUCCAAAAUGGGUGGGCGGGUUCCAACAUUUAAGACAUGACCUGGCGACUUCAAAACAUGCACGUUCGGCCUCGGAGUGCGACAAAUUAUGUCACUCAGGACUUGAGACUGGAACACCAAAACUACGUCUCAGCUUUUUCCUUGGAGUGUGCCGCGCAAAAGAAAAUCACACCACUGGCGGUCGUUCCCCAGCCCACAACCAACCAUUUGGCUGGGUCUUUUCAUAUUGAAAAGACGAACACGAGUAACCAGCAAUGGGAUGCCCCCCUUGCCUCAUGUGGU